AUGGCUCGCUCUUACGCAGAUCCAAACGCGAUCCCCGACGACUGGCGAACCCGACAACCAGGCUUCACAAUCUGGAUACUCAUCGCCAUCCCGCGCAUUUUACUACUGACUCUUUUCUACGCCCUCUACUUUAUCCCUAGACCUCUACGCCAACAUCCACAAUGGACCUACCGUCAAGCUUUUAUGAGCUGGGUCAUCAGGUUUUCCUUUCAUAUCGUUACGGAAUUGGGGUACUCGCAGUCCCUAAAUCUGAAGCCUGGCAAUCUUGGUGAUAAAUGGGUUGUUAUAGAACCUAUUAAAUCGGCCGACGACGGAUAUUACGGCCCGUUUAGAGAUGUCAGUGUCAAGCCGGAAAGGAUAGGUGGGACAUGGUAUCCUGAAGCGCCUUCCAAAGGGGCCGACGACGACAGUCUUGUUGUUUUGUCGUUUCAUUCCGGAAGCUUCCUCUGGAUAACAGGUCGACCGAUUGACUCGGGCGUCACCGCGGACCUAGUCAAUCGAAAACUGGGGCCUAAUACACACUCUUUAUGGAUCCAGUAUCGCCUCGCGGGUGGUCGUACCCCGACGACUUAUCCAGGCGCCAUGCAAGAUGCAAUUACGGCGUAUUCGUAUCUGAUCAAUGAAUUGAAAAUCUCUCCACGGAGGAUAGUGCUUGCCGGAGAUUCGUCGGGGGCUACCAUGGCAGUAGCUCUAUUGCGAUAUCUCGCUAUCAUCAACCACGACCACAACGAAAGCGUUCAAGAACAUUUCAGCACCACAACCCCGCCGAGGGCAUGUCUGUUAUUCUCACCAUCGAUCGAUUACACUAUCGAAGGCGACGCGCAAGCCAUGAAUCAACACCGGAACGCUUCUACAGACCUCUGUGAAGGGAAAAUGGCAGCAUGGGGUACUAGCGCAUUUGCGGCCAAAGCGCGAUUAGACAGCCCGUAUAUUUCACCGAAGUUGCAUCCAUUCGCGACUCCUGUCCCUAUAUUCAUUCAAGCUGGUGGUGCUGAGGUGAUGGUUGACAGUAUACGAGUUUUUGCAGAUGUGAUGCAACAAGCUGGAAGUAGGAUCGAGUAUUUGGAAACUCCGGACGUGCCGCAUGAUAUUUAUGGUGGGGGGCAUGUUGCAGGAUGGAAGAAAGAGCAGGAGGAAGUUGUUGAAGCUGCUGCUGUUUUUGUCCGAAAUAACGAUCCGACAAUAGCGUUGUCAUCUGUAGUUUAG